AAUUUAAAUAAAUAAAUAUUAUGAAAUUUGCUAACAAAUAAAGCCCUAAAAAAAUUAGGAGUUACUAAAACCGGGCGAAAUUUCUUCGUGCCGCCAGGCGGCGGACCUCUCGUACGAAUUGAGAUCCCUCAAGGGCCUCAACUACUCCCUCUCUUCGUGGCGUUUUAAAACCCUAAAACUCACCAUCCCAAGAGCUCCAAUCUCUCUACCUGCUAACCUCUCACUAAAGCCAGUCCUUCUGCAGCUCACUCAUGGCUGAAACUAAGGACCAAGGCGAACCCACAUUUCCAGCGAAGCGCAAACCCGAUCUCAGCUGCGGUGACCAGCCCGACUGCCCCAACAAAACCCAGAAGCUUGAAGUUCCCGAUGACAGUCCGUCGGCUGCCGAAGCUAAAAGUCAAACCCCAGAAAAUUUCAAAAACAAUUCCUCCGCUGGCGAAGAGAAAACCUGUAAGUUUGAAGCCAAUGCUGACCUUGAAGACGAAGACGAGGAGGAAGAUUACGAAGAAGAAGAAGAAGAAGAUGAAAAGUCUAAUGGGAAGGCGGAGAUGGAUCGCAAGGGGAAGGGGAUUAUGAGAGAUGACAAGGGCAAAGGGAAACUGGUAGAAGAAGAUGACGACGACAGCGACGAUGAUUCGAGCGACGGCGGAAGCGAAUUCGAAGACGGAGACAGCGAUUUGUCGGAUGAUCCUCUUGCGGAGGUCGAUUUGGAUAACAUUCUUCCUUCGAGGACUCGGAGACGGCAGGUGCAGCCUGGAGUUUACAUUGCUAAUGACAAUGGAAUGAAGAAGAAGAAGACGACAGUGAUGACAGCGAUGAUUGAGUUGAGGAGGAAGAUUAUGAAUGGUGUUGCCUAUGUGGUCAUUCUGGAUCUGGAAGACUUCAGUGUCGGUAAUAUACGCAUUGGUUAUACCUGCAUAGGGAAAUUUUGGUACUUAUCUGCAAGGCUGGUGAUUGUUUGCUACCUAUCUUUAUGAGGAAUCGAGGACCAAGUUCUAUUGUCCCCUAUACGUGGUGCCACUCUGGAGACACGGUUUGUGACUACCUGUACUACAUGUUUUCCGUUCUACGUUGGUUGUAUAAAUGUUGCUCUAUUUCCUCUCCUCUUGCUUUGGCUGACACAACAUAUGGGGUUAACUGGAGAUAACCAUGUCUUAGAUUUUACUGGUGGUUAUGCACAUAUUUGUGGACCGGAGAGGUGCAACUUAUACGGUCUAUGCUGCCCCGCUUCGUCUAUCUAUGCAGGUGGUCUUUUCCUGUUUCUUUUCGUUUUUUCUUUUGGUCUGAGAUGAUUUUGUAUUGAAAUGAUUUCCGUACAGUCAUUUCCUUCUUUUGCACUCUCCUUUUGUUUUCAUCCGUUGAUUCUCUUUUGAUUUAUUCAGUAUUAGAACUAAAAAGAAAAGAGGAGUGCAAGGGAGAAAAAAUGGGUGUGGAAAUCAUUUUCGUAUGUAGGAAUGCCCCCAACUUGGGCUUUGGCCCAUAAGUUGGGACCCUUUCACUUUGGUGGACAGAAAGCUGAAAAGGCCUAAAAGCAAGUCUUAAUCUCCAUAUCAGGCCAUUAGCUAGCGAUCCGAAAAAUCUGCACCUGGCUGGACCAUCUGUCGUUCUGACAGACGUAAUGAAUUCAACUCCCACUCCAUGGCCUAGCCGUUGUCAGCCGUAAUUCUCCUUCUUCCUUUAUCUUCCAAGAGGGGAAGGGAAGAUGACAUCAUCAUCAUCAUCAUCAUCAUCAACGACCUAGCUAGCUAUUAGCUAACAGUACCAACAGUUAUGUGGUCCUUUGUGUCUCUCUCUUGUUGUCUUGUUAUAUGGAUACUACGUAGUUUUGACUGGAGGCCAAUACCACCACCACGACCACGACCACCCAUUCAUAUUGUCUGGGUUUGCUUUGGAUUACUUACUAUCAAGGCACGGUGGUGGGGACAGAUACUUGUAGCUUCUAUAUCACUUGCUUGGGAUUGGGACCAGGUUUUCUAAUUUACGCGACAAUUAUGCGUAGAGUACAUUUGAGGACAUCUUCUAGUUAUAUAUGAUAUGCCUUGCCCCUC